UAGUGGGUAAGGACCAAACAUUAGCAGGAUAUAGAAAUGGAUUCAUGACAUAUUCCUCUCCUAGUGCUCGCCAUCUUUGACCUUGUUACUAAAACCAUAAGAACUGGGGUUCAUCUGGAACUCCUUCCACUAAAUUCUGUCCAAUCGAAGCCAUGUUGUCGUCGUCGUCGUCGGCAACGUUAUGCUGUCGGCAUAUGUGCACGGUGUUCUUAUGCUUUGUAGUGUUAGGGUUCGGUUUGAAUUUUGGUCAUGCGUUCAAAGUUCCUUUUAGGGUUAAGGACGUUCUUCCGGUUCUGCCUCACCAGAUUUCAUGGCCUGUGCUUAAUAAUCUUCACAGUGCUGUUGAUCUAUUACCCUUUUUUGUUGGGUCGGUUUCUCCCAACAACGGAUCCAUUGAGUGGACGGGUUCUUGCUUUCAUGGUAAUGAUGCUCGGUUCGAUUUAACUAAUGGUGAAAACGGUGAACAGGGACUGGGUGGAGGGAUUCUCUAUCUAAAGACCAGUGAAGCUCACAGCUGGACUUGCAUGGACCUUUAUGUAUUUGCAACACCCUAUAGAGUAACAUGGGAUUAUUAUUUCUCUGCUCGGGAGCACACUUUGGAGAUCUCGUCAUGGGAAGAGCCUGCAGAAUUGGAAUAUGUAAGGCAGCAUGGGAUAUCUAUAUUUCUCAUGCCAUCAGGAAUGUUGGGAACCUUUCUUUCUCUGCUUGAUGUCUUGCCUCUAUUUUCAAAUACUGCUUGGGGUCAGAGUGCUAACAUGGCCUUUUUGGAGAAACACAUGGGAGCAUCAUUUGAAAGACGCAAUCAGCCCUGGAAAGUAACAAUCAAUCCAGAGGAUGUUCAUUCUGGUGAUUUCUUAGCUGUGUCAAAAAUCCGUGGGCGAUGGGGUGGAUUUGAGACAUUAGAGAAAUGGGUAACAGGUGCAUUUGCUGGACAUACAGCAGUUUGCCUGAAGGAUGAAUUGGGAAAUUUAUGGGUUGGCGAGUCUGGACAUGAGAAUGAAAAGGGAGAGGAAAUUAUAGUGGUAAUUCCAUGGGAUGAAUGGUGGGAAUUGGCACUCAAGGAUAGCUCCAAUCCACAAAUAGCGUUGCUUCCCUUGCAUCCGGACGUUCGUGCAAAGUUUAAUGCCACUGCAGCAUGGGCAUAUGCUCGGAGCAUGACAGGGAAGCCAUAUGGUUACCACAACAUGAUCUUCAGUUGGAUUGACACCAUGGCGGACAAUUAUCCACCUCCUCUCGAUGCUCACUUGGUACUUUCUCUGAUGUCCAUGUGGACUAGAUUGCAGCCAGCCUAUGCUGCUAAUAUGUGGAAUGAAGCUCUUAACAAGCGUCUUGGUACUGAGGGAUUGGAUUUACAUGGAAUUCUUGCUGAGACUGAAAGGCAUGGAAUGACCUUCGAGGAAUUACUUGUCAUCCCAGAACAAGAUGACUGGGUAUAUAGUGAUGGGAAAUCAACAACCUGUGUUGCAUUUAUCCUUGAAAUGUACAAAGAGGCUGGUAUAUUUGGUCCUUUUUCCAGCUCUAUUCAGGUUACGGAGUUCACCAUUCGUGAUGCUUACAUGCUUAAUAUAUUUGAGAAUAAUCGGACACGCCUACCAAGCUGGUGUAACGGUGAUGAUGGCCAAUUGCCGUUCUGCCAGAUUCUUGGAGAGUAUCGCAUGGAAUUGCCUCAGUACAAUACCAUUGAGCCAUAUGCCAAAAUGAAUGAGAACUGCCCUUCCCUACCACCAACUUACGAAAGACCAGUAAGCUGUUGAUAAUCACCCUAGCGAAGUUGCUGUUAUGUGGGGUCCUCAAA